CAAGGGUUUUAUCAUUACUAGUUGAAGAAACCCAACCUUUCUGAUCUCUUUGUUUCCUCUCUUUUUCUCUCUCUAUCUUUCCAUGUGAAGAAAAAAGAGUAAAGGACACUUAAUUAGCAUGGAAAGAGAUCACACUAGAAGCAACAACAAUUUCCCAAACUAUGACCUCCACAUGUCCUUGAUUCAUUCCAAUAACCACCACCAUGAAAACACUACUACAAAUUUACAAGGGUUUCCUCAAAGCUUGGAAUUAGCUGAUGAUCAUUCCAACCAUGUCAUGCUCACCACCUUCUUGACUCAUCAACCACCACCACCACCACCACCGCCACCAUAUCAGAUCGCCGAACAUCGGGUCUCGCCUCUCUCAAACACCGCCACCGCCACCACCACCACCAAAGGGCUUGUUGGUAAUUUCAAUGAUUAUGUUACCACCAGGCACUCUUGGAAUAAUAGUACUACUGAUCAGCAGGUGGAGGGUUCGUCAGCUCCCAAAGCUACCAUAGCUGGGGACAAUACCAAUGGUGAUGGCCGCAACGAUGAAGCCGAGCAUUCUUGGUGGAAGAGCUCAACCUCAGAGAAAAACAAGAUGAAGAUAAGAAGGAAACUGAGGGAACCAAGGUUUUGUUUUCAAACAAGAAGCGAUAUUGACGUACUUGAUGAUGGUUACAAGUGGCGCAAGUAUGGUCAGAAAGUUGUCAAAAAUAGUCUUCAUCCAAGGAGUUACUACCGCUGUACUCAUAGCAAUUGUAGAGUGAAGAAACGAGUGGAAAGGCUGUCUGAAGAUUGUCGAAUGGUAAUAACUACAUAUGAAGGCAGGCAUAAUCACUCUCCUUGUGAUGAUUCCAGCUCUUCUGAGCAUGAUCAAUGUUUUUCCUCCUUUUAAAAAUCAAAUUCAAAUUGAAAUAUAUCAUGCUUUUAUUGAUUCUAUUAUAAUUUAUAAUAAUGUAUUAAUGUGUAUAAUGAUAUGAUAUAAUGCCCAUUAUUGUUGUAACUUCUUUACUCUCGAUAUUAAGCAGUUGUAAAGAAAAGUAGCCUAUGCAUGAACAACGUAUGUACGUACUUUUAGGUCAUAUGUAGUACAAUUUUGAUGAUUAAUGAAUUACUCCAUGAUGCAUGGUGAGGUACGUACGUAGGAGCAUGAAUACAAGCUUCUUUUUUUGCA